CUCUCUAUUCAUCCACCCAUUCCUGAACUUUCUAGGGCAAAGUUAUUUGAAGCAAGAGAGGAUUUCAGCAUUCCCAUCUUCUAAACUAAUUCGUCUGCUUCUCAAAUUGUAUUAACCUUCCUACCUCUGCAGCUCAUGCCAACAGGAUUAUUUUAGAAUGUUAUACUGUAAGCAGAGAAGGCUGUUUUUCAGAGGACUGUUAUAUGUUUUUUUCUGCUUGUUGCCUAAUCCAGGGAACUUCAUAAAAGUGGAUCAGUUUUUCCCUUAUGGACCUGAUGUUGGUGAUUUUCUUUUAACUCCCGGAGAUGACUCUGAAUCAGAACCUUUAAGACCCAGUCAAGCACUGCAUUUCUAUGAUGACACAAUCUCUACCUUAUUUGUUACAACUAAUGCUAUUAUUGCAACAAGCAAACCACCACCAGAAAAAGAUUAUCUUGAAAAGUUCCCUCCAGAUUUUGGCCUGAUUGCCCCAUUUUUGUCUGAUAUUGAUACAUCAGAAGGUGGAAAUGUGUUUUACAGAGAAGACACGUCACACAACGUCUUACAUUUGGCAUCCAAACACAUAAACCGAGGGUUUCCAGGAAGUACCUUUAUGCCAACAACUGCUCUUGUUUUCACAUGGGAAGAUGUGCUACCCUACUACUCUCAGAGAGGAGAUGCCAUUCCACAAAACAAGGGAAACACUUUUCAGGCUGUUUUAGCAUCAGAUGAGUUACGAUCCUAUGCUGUUUUCCUCUAUCCAGAGGAUGGCUUAAACUUCCAUGAGACACAAUCAAAGAAUAAUUAUAAUAAGGAGAACUCAGCCCGAGUUGGAUUUAGCAAAGGGUUAGAAAAUUAUCUUUUUUGGAAGACUCAAGGACCACAUAAUGAGUUUGCCAAUGAUUAUGCUUCAUUGGAAAUGUUACGAUGGAAAACCAAUUCAGGUAUGCAGGGAGUCUGGAUUUAUGAAAUUGGAGGUCCAUCCACACUCAAAUCUGUUAUGGCUGCUAAUGUAGAGCACUUUGCUGCACUUGAUGAAAAAGAAGAAGAGAAAAAACAUUCUGUGGAGACUGAAGAUGACCAUUAUGAAAUUGAACAAGAUUAUGAAAAUUAUUCCCUGAUGCCUAGCAUUCCAGGUCCUACUUUGAUAUCUGUUGACUCCUAUCCAGGCCAGGAGAAGGUUAUUUUGGGAAAUGUUAAUUUUCAAGAUCCAUAUUUUCCACAGAAUAACCCACAAGUUGUGAUUGUUGAUGAUGAACUAGAGGACACUGGAGUAGUGUUCCAGUACAAUACAGGAAGUCAACAGACCUGUGCUAACAAUCGUCAUCAGUGCUCCAGUCAUGCAUUUUGCAAAGACUAUUCAACUGGAUUUUGUUGUAGCUGCAUUCCAGGCUAUUAUGGAAAUGGAAGACAAUGUGUGGCAGAAGGAUCACCUCAACGAGUAAAUGGAAAAGUCAAAGGGAAGAUUUAUGUUGGAAGCAAUCCUAUUCCAGUGGUUUUUGAAAGCAUUGACCUUCACUCAUAUGUUGUGGUUAAUGAUGGACGGGCUUAUACAGCUAUUAGCACAAUUGCUGAUUCCGUGGGGCACUCUUUGCUUCCACUAGCUUCCAUUGGUGGUGUUAUUGGAUGGAUGUUUUCUGUGCAGCAGCCAGGAUAUAAGAAUGGAUUCAGCAUUACAGGUGGAGAAUUCACAAGGAGAACAGAGGUUACUUUCUUGCCGAGCAAUAAGAAGUUAGUAAUUCUGCAGAAGUUCAGUGGCAUUGAUGAACAUGGUCAUCUCACCAUCAGUACUGAACUUGAUGGCAGUGUACCAGAGAUACCAUAUGGAUCCACAAUCCACAUUGAGCGUUACACCGAAUUAUAUCAGACAUCUAGUUCUGUUGUUACAUCAUCUUCUACCAGAGAGUAUACUGUAGAGUUCCCAGAUGGUGGCUCUGAGACAUUCACUUAUCAAUGGAAACAGACCAUCACAUUUAAGGAAUGUGCUCAUGAUUCCGCUGCUCCAAUAGUCCCUGCUAUACAGCAGCUUUCAGUAGACCGAGUUUUUGUACUGUACAACAGAGAUGAGAAAAUUCUCCGAUAUGCUUCCAGCAACUCCAUCGGCCCAAUUACUGACAGUCCUGUAGAUACAAAUCGAAACCCAUGCUAUAUAGGUACACAUGUCUGUGACACAAAUGCUGUGUGCCGCCCAGAACAAGGGAACCAAUACAUAUGUGAAUGUACUUCAGGUUUCCGUGGAGAUGGGAGAACAUGUUAUGACACUGAUGAAUGUCAAGAGCAACAAGACAUUUGUGGGGAUAAUGCAAUAUGUAACAACCAGCCUGGAACAUUUAGAUGCGAAUGUAACGAUGGGUACCAAUUUUUGGAAGAUGGAAAGACAUGUGCGGCUGUGGAGCGCCCUAUAAACCACUGCUUAACUGGAUCACACAACUGUGACAUUGCAGAGCGUGCUCAUUGUAUAUACACUGGAGGCUCUUCAUACAUAUGUGCUUGCUUAUCUGGAUAUUCUGGAGAUGGCCGUGCAUGUGAAGAUGAUGAUGAAUGUGAGAACAGUCAAUGCCAUCCAGAUGCUGUGUGCUAUAAUACUCCAGGGUCAUUUUCCUGUCAUUGUAAGCCUGGAUACCAUGGAAAUGGUUUCCAGUGCUCCCCAGGAGGGCCAGAAAAGACGCAAUGCCAGGUUCAUCAAGAUAGCAUUCUUGGCUCACCCUCUAUCAGAGGUGCAAGGCCUGUUGGUCAGUAUAUUCCACAGUGUGAUGAAAGUGGUAACUACUUCCCAAGGCAAUGUCAUUCAGGCAGUGGAUAUUGUUGGUGUGUGGAUACAGAUGGCAAUGAACUACCUGGUACAAGAACAGGUCCUGGACUGAGUCCACCAUGUCUUGGUAUAGUGACUCAUCUUCCUCCCACUGUUGGACCAGUUGUGAGACCAGAUGUUGUUCCUCUGCCACCAGGAACACAUUUGCUGUUUGCACAGAGUGGGAAGAUUGAACAUGUUCCACUAGAGGGAAACAACAUGAAGAAAACGGAUGCCAAAACCUUACUUCAUAUCCCAGAUAAAGUAAUAAUUGCUGUAGCGUAUGACUGUGUGGACAAGACUGUAUACUGGACUGACAUUACUGGACCCUCUAUUAGCAGAGCCAGCAUAAAUGGCGGAGAACCAACUGCAAUUAUAAAAACAGAGUUAGGAAGCCCUGAAGGAAUAGCAGUUGACCAUCUGGGUCGUAACAUUUUCUGGACUGAUUCUGCAUUGAAUACAAUUGAAGUAGCCAAGAUGGAUGGAAGUAACCGUCGAGUAUUAUUUGAUACUGAUCUGGAGAACCCAAGAGGAAUAGUAGCUGAUGCUCCUAAAGGAAAUCUCUAUUGGACAGACUGGAACAGAGUUGCACCAAAGAUUGAGACAUCUUAUAUGGAUGGAACCAACAGAAGAAUUCUUGUGAAAGAUGACCUUGGUCUCCCAAAUGGACUUACCAUUGACCCAUAUUCAUCAAUGCUUUGUUGGAUUGAUGCAGGAACUAAAAGAAUGGAAUGCAUGAAUCCCAGUCAGCCUGCACGAAAAAAGAUUGUGGAAGGCAUUCAGUAUCCGUUUGGUAUAACAAGUUACGGAAAGAAUUUAUUCUACACAGACUGGAAGAGGGAUGCUGUUGUAGCCAUUGAUCGCACCAUUUCCAAAGAGAAUGGCAGUUUCCAGCCUUCCAAACGAUCCCGUCUCUAUGGCAUUACUACUGCUUAUUCACAGUGUCCUCAAGGUCAAAAUUACUGUACUGUAAACAAUGGAGGAUGCACACACCUUUGCUUGGCAACUCCAGGAGGUCGAUCCUGCCUGUGCCCAGAAAACAGUAUCGGAGUAGAUUGUUUAGAUAGAAAUUAGGGGAUACAAUAACAUCAGUGGCAUAGGUAUAAGGAGUGUUGCACCGAUGAAUUAUUAAGACAUUUAACAUUACAGAGAGAGAAAUGUGUGCCCAGCUACAUGCAGCCACUGGUGAUUAACAUUUUAUCAUAGUUUGAUACAGAAAAUACCAGGCCACUGAAACUGUUUUUUAUAUACGUAAAGCAAGAACAAGCCAAGUACACAUAAUGGUAAAAAUACGGAGUUAAUAUAUUUCAACUAAAACAGGAUAGUUUCAAAAUACAGGUACUACAUCGAUUUCUACAACAAUUUUACUUGCAGUAAAGAAAAUUCACUGUAAGGGAAGCACACAAAUGUAUUGCAUUUAAUAGUAUACAUUUUUGGUAGGAAUAAUCACUUAAAGGUGUGCAUUGUGCUGAAACAUUAUUAUUAUUCUUAUUGUGGAGCAGCAGGAUUGUGUAACAGAGCUACGGCAUGAGCCCCCUUGGGCUUUUUCCAGAAAAGCCAGAAUUUUAGGAUUUUUGCCUGAAAACUCAAAAUAGUCGGAAACUUCCAAAUAGUACCUAUCCUAUUGACUUAACAACCUUGGCAGGUCUGAGAUGGCGGAUUUUCGGAGUCUGACUUUUAACAGCCUCGGGGUAUAAUAAAUAUUCAAGUUUUUUUUCCACUAAAAAUUUGGAUUUUAUUGUUUAAAAAAAACUCAAAUUUUUUGAGUAUUUAGCAUUUGGACUUUAAUAAAUAACCCAUCAAUAUAUUUUCAACACACUUAAACCUGAGCCUUAAACAAGUAUAGUGAAUAUAUAUGGAAUUUCCAUUGGCUGUGAUUUUAUGAACAAAUUCAAAGUUUUCUCUCUUAAUUUUAAUCGCCGGUAACAAAUUGGUAAUAGUUAUUCAAUAUGCAUUUUAGAAUCCAUAUUGGUCAACAAGGGCCCCAAGAAACCCAAUUUUAUUUCAAUCUCAAUGUUCCACUGCAUACAAAUAUCUUUUGUUAUAUAUUCUGUUGUGAAGGAUAAUCCAUACCAUACAAUGAAACAAGCUCCUGAACAAAGUCUUAAUAUAAAUAAUUCUAAAAAGACCACUAUUACUACUAAAUUAUAGUAUUGUCACCAUUUAUUUACCAUAUUUUUAAUACCUAUUUUAUAUACAUAAAAACCUGCUUUAAUACUACAUAAUAUAUAAGAACAGUAUAUGAUGUGGUUAAAAGUUAGAUUCCAGACAGGUUAUGAAAUAGGAAAAAUAUUUCCAUGAUUUUUUCUUUUAGAAAGAAAAACACACAGAUCCAAAGGAAGGCAAACAUGGAAGCUGUAUACAAAUUACAUUUAAUAUGUGGCUGCCCAAUUUGAAGGCAAGUCAGGGUGAUAUAUGGGGGUAAAUGCAUAUUUGCUCUUCUGGAUAAUCAUUUUAGCCCAGACCAUUUAAGGAAAAAUUUCAAUAUACUUAUAAUGCUACCCAUGAUCAUAUAAAUGGCCUUUUUUACUAAAGCUUUGAUCAAACCUGAAUUUAAAUUAAAUUUCAAAUUAGUUGGAUAAAUAACUGAGAUUUCCUUGAAGGUAUAGCAGGCCAGAAGCUGAAUUUUUUUUAUAUUUAUCAGGAAAUGACAAUCAUAUUAGAAACUUAUUUGUGUAGCAUUUUAUAUCCAUCCAGUGUUUUCUCUUUUUCAUUGUUGUUUUAAAUACUUAUACAUAAUUAAAAUGCCAUGAUGCUGAAAUAUUUUUUACAAAACAAUAAUUUAGACUUUGUACAGAAACCACUGUAUUAAGCAAUGAUGGUCUUAAAAAUAAACCUCUUUGAUGUCAAA